CCUGACAGCCGGUCCCUGCCGGCAGUGCCUGACGGUGCCGGGAGGCCCCGGGACCGCUCCGCGGCUCUUCGCCUUCUUCCUCUCCCGCUGCAGCCGGGACGAGCCGCAGGCCAGCUUCGAGUGCGUGCGGCUGGCAGUGCCCCGGUGAGCCCCCCGCCGCCAAGCCGAGGGUCCGGUGGGCUGUGGGGCUGCUCACUCGUACCCCCCCUGAGCCAGCCCUCUCCCAUUCUCCUGGUCACCUUUGCACUCGACCUGUGCCAGCAGCACAGUGUCAGCCCCAGCCCUGGCACUGCCGAUGGUGCUGCAACACCCAUGGAUGCGAGCACUGCCCAUGAGCAGUACCUCCCAUCACUGUUCAGCCCCCGGUUGUGUCCUAUCCUGCUCACGGUCUCCAGUGGCAGCCCAGGAUUUUGGGGGCUGAAAAUCCCCAACAGCCUCUCAUUGUUCGCAGCAUCCUCAGCCCACAGUCCCUGUAGGGGCAUUCAGCAUGCUGGAGCAGCAGCAGCCUUGGAGACGGGGCCUCUCUGGGGACAGGCUGCCUUCUCUCUUGGGGUGCCCGCCUUGCAAGGUCUUCUCUGGGCUUUGCAUGGGAUAGAGAGCAUGGGCUGGGCUUGGCUGGCGGGAGGUAUUGUCUUCUCUCAGACUAGGUCAGAGCUGGCUGGACAGCGUGGGCAGCAUCCAGGAAAAAAUCACAGUCUGUGCCUCAGAGGGCAUCUACCCACUGCUGCGGGAGCGUGUGUCCCAAUCUAAGGAGUCCUGGAGCAGAGCAGUCACUGAGGUGGAUGCAGCUGUGCCUGGCUAUGGAGACGGGGGCUGCCUUCCCUGGGACCUGCUGGCUCUGGGAUGUGGCAGCUGCUUGCCAUGGCCACGGGCAACAGCUCUGCAAAGGUGUCACGGCUCCCGAGAAGGCAGGCACGGUCAGCGUGCUGCAGCAGAGCUCCCUCUGUCAUGUCCACGAGGGCAAGAACCACGGGCCAACAGCAGCCAGCCCCAGGGCUGCUGCUCAAAGCCUGGUUCAGCUCCUGGCCCUGCGGCCCCACCGCAAGCACGAGCUCCUGCAGCGGCUGGCGGGGAUGCAGGCAGGCAGGCCCGACUGGGCAGGGCUGCUGGCUGCCCUGGAGGAGGUGGCAGACCUGGAUCCCACAGAGUGCUGCUACCGCCUGAAGGAGUCACUGGUGGGGCGGGUGCAGGAGGACUGGCCGGGGUACACGGCCCAGGAGCGCCGGCAGGUUGCCCUGCUGCAGCACAGGCAUCCGAAGGCGCUUCCCCAGCCUAGGUCUCUGGUCACCCCCUUCUUGUGCUCCAGCAGUCAGCCCCACGGCCCCGCAGCCCGGUCCUUCCUGGUGCCUCUGCAGCAACCGCUGGAGUGCGGCUCCCCUCCGGCUGCUGGCGGAAACCGUCUGGGGGUGAAGCGCCUGGCACUGCUGGAUUUCUCCAACCCAAGAGUCAGCAAGAGGCACCGGAGCUGCCUGCGGACAUUUGGCACAAGGCAGCCAGGAGCAUGGGGCCAGCAGCAGGCUGGGCCUCUGCCCCCGAGUAGCGACACCAGGGAGCUGCAGGGUGCAGAACGGGGGGAGAGCAGAGAAGAGGCAGACAAUGACCAGGAGGAGGGCGCCCUGUGCCCCGAGCAGCGCUGCUCUGCACCCAGAGACACCAGGUCCCAGCCCAGCAGCUCCUCCUUAGCAGAGAUCCCGGAUUACUUGCGAAAAUACCAUACCAUCCGCUCAGCAGAGCAAUGCAGGUCUUAUGAGGCAGCGUUCAAUGCAGACUAUGCUGAGUACCGCUACCUGCACGCUCGCAUUGCUGGUGUGAGCCAGAAAUUCAUUCAGCUGGGAGCUAGAAUGAAGACAUUGAAGCAAGGAACAGAGGAGCACCAGGCACUUGAAGCUAAGAUUGUGUAUGAAUACAGUCACUUCAAGAAGAGUUAUCCUAAUUACCAGCAGGAGAAGAACCGCUGUGAAUACCUGCACCAGAAGCUCUCCCACAUCAAAAGUCUGAUUCUACAGUUUGAAGGCAGAGGAAGCUCCUAAGCACACCACUGCUAGGAUUCCUUUUUUUUUUUUUUCUUCUCAGGACUUGUUCUUCCUGGAACAGGGGAAAAGUUGGGAGGAAUUAGGCCCCAAAAAAUGCAUUAGACUAAGGGUAACGUUGGUGAAUGUCCCACAGCCCUUGGGUAGUUGCUACCUGGGGCAGCUGCCAGGCUGCUGUAGAAAGAAGCUGUCCCAGCUGCCUGCCAGGCUGCAUUACCAGUUGUGAAAUGUUUCUCUACUCUGUAACAAAGUACGUGGCCUGGGCACAAGCAGUAACACUCACCAAGAGCAGGCACUCAGCCACACUCUUAGAAAAACAUCACCUGUGCUCAGUACCUGGCUGCCACUGGUUCUGAAGUCAGACUAGACCAGAUGGCAAGGAUCGAAAAAGCUGCUUCUUACCCAGAGCAGGACAGUGCCUUGUCCAUUAGGGAACCAGCACUCCAGUGUGGUUUUACAGAAGAUAAAUAGGUCCUGUUAUAAUCCUAUUUCUUGUAUUAGUGUCUGGAUCUGCAGCCAGCUUCAGGGAUCCUACCAGCUUGAGGUGCAAGGGAGUCAGGUUUUGCUCUAGGACACCACCAAAAAGGGGCCUUGAUACCUGUGCUUGGACACAGACCACUUGGCAGCCAGCAGCAGAGUAGAGAAGGUAGAUGUGGUUUAGUAUACAGAUGUAGUAGAGAUUCUUGUAUUUCAGAACUGAUACUACAUAGCUGCUGUAGCCAGAGAACUACGUGCUAAGUGUUGUAUGAUCAUCUGUACCUGGAAGAUUUCAGCAGAAAUAAAAAACUGGUACACUGCCUUUGGGGGAAGAAACCACAAAGAAA